AUUAUUAGUUGGUGCCGCACGCGUGCGUUUCAAGUCGAAAGAAAUUUGUUAAAAAUUGUCUGGCAAAGGCGCCUUUCAGUUUGUUUAUAUUUUAUAAAAAUUUCUAACUGAAUCCGCCAAAUUCGACUGUCGCGUGUGGCCAGCAAACGCAGUGGCACGAAAUCAGUUGUUGCCAGCCAACUAACACAAACAUCAUCAACACCUGCCCCACCAGUCUCCCCACUAAAGAACCCACAGAAAUGUCCAAGUCGCCAAAUGGCGGGUCCUCGCCUAGGGAUCCGAACAGUAAAUACGAUCUGAGCAAAAUAAACGCACGCGUGGAUCGGGUGAACGUGAGUGGGCUGCUCCGCACCCACAACGACUAUGUGAUGCGCGCCGCCGAGGGGCUGUUCAAGGCGGACAACUUUCAGCAGCUGAUGCUGGAGGCGAUGGCAGCCAAAUCGUAUCUGCAUGAGCUGGGCAUAUUCAAGGAUGUGAGCGUGCACAUUGACAUUAGUCGGGGUGCGGAUGCCUCACCCCAAGGGUAUGAGGUGACGCUCAAGGGCAAGGAGUACACACGCAUCAUGGGCUCGGCGGGCACGGAGAUUGGCCAAAACGAGGGCUCUCUACGCACGGAGCUGACCAUACCGAAUAUACUGGGCCGCGGCGAGAGCAUAUCGCUGCAGGGCAGCUACAGCAGCACCAGAGCAAACGAUCUGCAGCUCAAAUUCUGGAAGCCUUUCUUUCACACGCGCUUCCGAGAGAAUCGACCCGAGAUAUCGUUCAGCAUAUUUCGGCAGACAGAUCGAUAUGACAUCAGCUCGUUUCAGACAACUAAUCUGGGCUAUUUGCUGGACUUUAGCGCACACACAAUGCUGGGCGUGGAUCUCACACACUCGCUGCAGUAUGAGAACUCGAUUAGGGACGUGGGUCUGUUGAACAAGUCGGUGCCCUUCGCAAUACGCGAUCACAGUGGACCCAAAUUGGCAUCGCUGCUGCGUUAUUCGCUUAUCUUUGACAAUCGGGAUGCCAGCGUGUUUCCCACGCGCGGCUUUCUGCUGAAGUCCGUCAACGAGUAUUGCGGCUUGGGUGGCAACAUUGCGUACACCAGCAGCACGGCGCACGGGGAGAUGAACGUGCCGCUUUUUGCCGGCUUGGUGGCACAGUUCUGUGCACGGGUCGGCGUCCUCAAGGAAACGAAAAAGACCACUGUGCUGCCCAUUAACAAUCUAUUCUACUGCGGUGGACCGCUGACUUUGCGCGGAUUCAAGUACGGCGGCGCCGGGCCAGUCAUCGAUGGCACGCCCAUUGGUGCACAAACGUUUUGGUGCACGGGCGCACAUCUGUGGACACCGUUGCCGUUCGCAGGCGUCUUCAAGGGCCUGGCUAGUCAUUUUCGGUUGCAUUUCUUUUACAAUAUGGGCAAUAGCAAUUCCUUUACAACGGACAACAUGCGCAGCGCCUUUGGCUUGGGCCUAGCUGUAAAACUGGCCGAGCGUGCUCGGAUCGAGCUGAACUACUGUGUCCCGGUGCGUAGGCAGAGCACUGACAAGGUCUUGAAUGGUUUCCAGUUUGGCAUUGGCUACGAGUUCGUCUAAAUCUAAGAUUUAAAUUGCAAGUGUACUUAGCUAUAGAAGCCUGAGAGUCGCCCACAAAAGCAAAUAUGCGAAAUGUUUAGCUGCCCAACAAUAGUCACUGUUCAAUUUUACUCCAUGAUAUCUUGUUGUAUUUUCUUUGUCAAUGCAUUUUUCAUCCUAAAAUUUAUUUGUAAACUAGAACAA